CCCUUCGCUCUUCCUCCUCAUCUCUCGGAUCCUCACUCUGAUCCCAAUAACACCAAUCCCCCACUCCCAAAACCCGGGUUGACCCGAAACACCAACCUCUCCUCGAAAAUGGACCGACCCAGAUUCGUAAUCGAAGCCUCGAAGGCGGAGUCAACGGCCAAGCAGAACGGCCUCACCGUCGUCCAGCUCCUCCCGUCCUUCGUCGAGUCCGCCAAGGCCCUCGCCCGGGUCCCCAUCUCCAAAUUCCCCGUCGGAGCCGUCGGGUACGGGUCCUCGGGUCGGGUCUUCUACGGGGUCAACCUCGAGUUCCCGGGCCUCCCCCUCCACUACUCCGUCCACGCCGAGCAGUUCCUCGUCACCAAUCUCUCGAUCCAGUCGGAGCCCCGCCUCGAAUACGUCGCCGUCUCCGCCGCCCCCUGCGGCCAUUGCCGACAAUUCUUUCAGGAAAUCCGCCGCGCCCAGGACAUCAAGAUCCUCAUCACCUCCGCCGAGGCCGGAGACGACACGUCGUGCGGCCAAUUCAGCCCCCUCCGCCACCUCCUCCCCCACCGGUUCGGCCCCGAAGACCUCCUCGACGAGGACGUGCCUUUAGUCCUCGAGAAGCACAACAAUGGCCUAUCUUUUAGCAGCAACAAAUCGCCAACUUUUAGCGACGAUUUGAUGAACCACGCGCUCGAGGCGGCGAAUAGGUCCCACGCGCCGUACAGCCUGUGCCCGUCUGGGGUGGCGAUUCUGGACGGUAAGGGGAAGAUUUACAAAGGGUGGUAUGUGGAAUCGGCGGCGUAUAAUCCGAGCAUGGGUCCGGUCCAGGCGGCUCUGGUGGAUUACAUUGUCGGCGGCGGCGGCGGGUAUGAGGAAAUAGUGGCGGCGGUUCUGGUGGAAAAGGAGGGUGCUUUGGUGAAGCAGGAGCAGGCUGCUAGGUUGCUGUUGCAGACCAUUUCUCCUAAGGUCGAAUUUCGGGUUUUGCAUUGCAAGUGAUGAGAAAUGUAGUGUGUUUCGAUUCGAUUGUGGUUAUUGAGAAAACACCAAUGCAUGAAUGAAUGGAAUGGAAGAUGAUUUGUAGCUGUAUGCUAUGAGUUUAAUCAGAUUAAUGUGUAUGAUAUAAGAAAAGAAGCAUGCUUUGGCUGCAUUGUGCCAUGCAAUUUGAUCCUC